GCAAGUGUCUUUUGCAUACACAAGUGUCUUUUGCAUACACCGCCCUUCUGGUCAGAGAUCAAUACCUUUUCAUCAAUCACGCUACCAUGGCCCUUUCCAACAUGACUACGUUGGCUGAGACCAUGCGAGCUGUGGUCUGGCAAGGCCAGCCAUUCGACAUCUCUGUCCUCGAUGUCCCACCAUCCAGAGUUCCACGGAUGUGGUCAUUCGCAUGUCGCGCGCCGCCAUCUGCGGAUCUGACCUCCACAUCUAUCGAGGCAUGAUGGAGGGCCAGGUACUUCCUGUUGGCGUCGGCCACGAGGGGGUGGGAUAUAUCGCCGAAGUCGGGUCUGACGUGGGGUCAUUGAACGUGGGCGAUGCGGUGAUCGUGCCGUUCACCAACCCGGCCGGUCAUUUCGAGACGGCCCUCACCCCAGUCCCAUACGCAGCGUUCGGCAACGGCGGGGCUCUCGGUGGCACGCAAGCCGAGUAUCUACGAGUCCCGCACGCGGACGAGGGCCUCAUCCCCAUCCCCGCCGUCAACUAUACCGAUCCAAUUACGAAGGAAACCACCUCCCUGCUCAACGACUACGUGAUGCUCUCCGACAUCUUCGCGACGGGCUGGACGGCGCUGGACUUCGCAGGCUUCCAACCCGGUGACACCGUGGCCAUCUUUGGUGCCGGGCCCGUCGGCCUGAUGGCGGCAUAUUCAGCCACCUUGCGCGGGGCCUCCCACGUCUACAGUGUGGACUACGUACCGGAACGGCUUCGGCUGGCCGCAGCCAUUGGAGCCACCCCCAUCAACUUCCGAGACGCCGACCCCGUGGACCAGAUUUUGGCCCUCGAGCCCGGGGGGGUGACCCGCAGCGUCGACUGCGUCGGAUUCGAGCAAGUCAACCGCAACCUGACCGUGCAGUCAGAUGUCAUCCUGCAGAACAUGCUGGCCGUCACGGCCGUCAACGGGGGGAUGGGAACGGUGGGAGUGUACAGCCACGGCGGUCGCGACACCCCCAGCCAGCCUCGGGCGUCCAUCAUCAACACCGAUUUCAACCUCUCCCUGGCUGACUUCUGGAGCAGGGGGUUUCAUUGGGGGGCUGGGAUCUCACGACCUCUCGAUCUGGCACCGCAGCUGCUUCACCUGGUCGCGUCGGGCAAGGCAAGGCCUGGGUUUAUUGUGAGUGAUGUGGUCGGGAUUGAGGAUGCACCGGCCGCCUACGCGAGGUUUAGCAACCGUAGUGCGACCAAGGUGGUCUUCGAUUUCGACCACUAGCGCAGUCGAUGGAAUGUGGGACGUACCAAGUAUGGGUAUGGGUCGCCGAGUCGACCUGUUGUGCUUGGGUUGGAUGAGCCCACCGAAUCCUUUCUUUAGCCAAGUCAUCAACCAGUUCUUGACUCUGCUAGCUUUCAACUUCCAAUUCCUCGUGUUUCGUUCACGCGUCCAAGGUCUUUCGCUAUGAUCAUUUCCUACUUUCUUUCCCCUUUAUGUUUAGACG